AUGGUGCGCCUUCGCGAGCUUCCCAGAACGGCCACAUUUGCCUGGUCCUCCGGCUCUGGCAAGCCGCUCCUGGUCACUGGCACUAGAGCUGGAGCUGUCGAUGCCGACUUUUCGGACGAGUCCAAGCUGGAGCUAUGGGAUUUGGCACUGGAUGAUCAGCAGCAAGGACUAGAGCUGCAGCCGGUGGCGAGCAUUUCGACAGAGUCAAAGUUCUAUGACAUUGCCUGGGGACCUCCCGAUGAAGAACACCCGCUCGGUAUCAUUGCUGGCGCCCUCGAGAGCGGCUCCCUCGACCUGUGGGACGCCAAAAAGCUGCUUGCUGGUGCUUCGGACGCACUGAUUUCGCAGACUUCGAAGCACACCGGUGCAGUCAAAACACUCCAAUUCAACCCUCUCAAGCCCCAGAUCCUCGCUACGGGUGGUGCCAAAGGCGAACUCUUCAUCUACGACAUCAACGAUAUUGAGAACCCCUUUCGGUUAGGAAGCGCAGGCCGAUCCGACGACGUUGAUUGUCUGGCCUGGAACCGCAAGGUGUCACAUAUCUUGGCUACUGGAGGCUCUGGAGGUUUUGUGCAAGUUUGGGAUUUAAAGACCAAGAAGGCCACCCUUACUCUCAACAACAGCCGUAAGCCUGUCAGUGCUAUCGCCUGGGACCCCAACAACUCGACGAAGCUCAUUACAGCUACGCCCGAUGACAACCAACCUGUGAUUCUGCUCUGGGAUCUGCGAAACUCCAAUGCGCCCGAACGAACACUGCAAGGCCACGAGCAGGGUGUUCUGUCUCUCUCUUGGUGUUUCCAAGAUGCCGACCUACUCAUGUCCUCUGGUAAGGACAACCGCACCCUCGUUUGGAAUCCUCAAACCGGCGAGCAGCUUGGCGAGCUUCCUGAAGUGACCAACUGGACUUUCCAGACGCGCUUCAACCCACACAACCCCAAUCUCUCCGCCACUGCCAGCUUCGAUGGUAAGAUCACCGUUCAGACACUCCAAAACACCAACCCCGACACUCCGCAGUCUACCGCAGAGAAGAAUCUAGAUGAUGAGGAGUUCUUCCGCGCCGCUCAGACCCAGCCGCAGGGUGCGUCGUGGUCUUUGAACAAGGCGCCUAAAUGGCUUGAACGGCCUGUGGGUGCUUCUUUUGGAUUUGGCGGCAAGGUGGUCGUCUUCAAGGCAAACCCUACGCAACCUGGUCAGAAACGAUCUUCCAAGAUCGUCCUCUCCAACUUUUCGGUCGACAGUGACGUGUCGUCUGCCACCGAGAAGUUCCAAGCUGCCAUUGCCAAGGGUGAUGUCAUAGCCAUUUGCGAAGACAAGAUCGAGCAGGCCCAAACGGAAGAGGAGAAGGCAGACUGGAAGGUCAUGGAGACCUUGGCUAGCGGCAACACACGCUCCAAAAUUGUUGAAUAUCUCGGCUUCAAGGAAGAUGAGCUGUCUAACGGGCAGACUGACGCUGCAGAGAAGCAGGAUGCCGACAAUACACUGAAGACCAGCUCCGAGACUGAGGAGAAGAAGAACAACCGUCUGUCCACCAUGUUCGACGGCGGUGAUGCCGAGGGCGAAGAGGACUUCCUCUCGAACCUCGCAGCCACCAAGGGAGCUAAAACCGACAAUCCUUUCGAGCUCUUUAGCGACGCGGAUACGUCGAUGGAGAAGGACGUUACACAGGCUCUGAUACUUGGCAAUUUUGCAAAGGCAACAGACAUCUGUCUCAAGGAGGAGCGCAUGGCGGACGCUUUCCUUAUUGCCAACUGCGGUGGUCAGGAGCUGGUUGACAAGGUGCAAUCGGCUUACCUGUCUCGCAAGAGUGGCAUACCGAGCUACAUGCGCCUACUUGGCUCGGUCAUCGCCAAGAACCUCUGGGACGUAGCGUACAACGCCGAUCUUGCGGGCUGGAAAGAGACUAUGGCCAUUCUGUGCACAUUUUCCGACCCUGCCGAGUUCCCCGAUCUCUGCGAGGCUCUGGGCGACCGCAUUCAUGAAAAUGGGGCGCGGAAGGAUGCUGCUUUCUGUUACUUGGUUGGCUCCAAGCUGGAGAAAGUUGUGACAAUUUGGGCCGCCGAGCUUGAGGAGGCUGAGCAAGCUGGGAUCAGCAACGCUUCUGACUCGACCUUUUCAGUCCACGCCAGAUCUCUGCAGAACUUCAUCGAGAAGGUCACCGUCUUCCGUGAGGUCAGCAAGUUCUCGGACAGUGAGCAAGCACUCGAGUCUGGAUGGAAGUUGGCCACACUCUACGACAAGUAUACUCAGUACGCGGACAUUCUGGCAGGCCAUGGCCAGCUCGAAGCCGCUCAAAAGUAUCUCAGCCUCCUCCCUGGCAAAUACCCAGCAGCCGAGCUUGCCAGAGAGCGUGUCAGACUGGCCACCCAGAAGCCAGCUGCCCAGGCCACUGUUCGACAGCCUACCUCAGCUAGUCGCACCACGUCUCGUGCGCAGCCGCAGAUGGGAUACCAGCCUCCUCAACCCAGUAACCCCAUGGUGCCUACACCCAAUCCCUACGGAGGUUACUCACAGUCCCCAGCUCCGACGCCACAGCAACAGCAGCCUUAUGGAGCUCCUCAGCAGCAGUUCACUCCUCAAACGAACCCGUACGCGCCUCAGGGAGCUUAUCAGCCUCAACAGCCGGCUUAUGGUCAGCCCAUGGCUCCUCCCCCAGGCCCGCCCAGGGGUUUGACGCCAUCGGCACCGCCACCACCCAAGGCCAAUAGCAAUGAGAACUGGAACGACGUGCCUCUCGUGUCUAAGGCGGCGCCACCACGACGUUCAACGCCGAGCAUGGCCCCAAUGACCUCGCCGUUCCCGGGCAGCCAGCAAGGGCCAUCGGCGCCUCCACCUCCCGGCCCGUACGGUCAGCGCGCCGUGGCCAGCCCACCACCGCCUCCACCCAAGGGGCCUGCUCCUCCUCGCAUGCAGUCUCCUUUCACAGGUCCCCCACAGGCCGGACAGGGCCCUCCUCGCCCGCCCUCCACGGCUGCCAGUACGUACGCGCCACCGCCACCUCAAGCUGGUUCGACUGUUCAGUCGCCACCUGUUCCUCCGCCCAGCGGGUCCCCGUAUAAUGCGCCCCCUUCUGCGGCGCCUCCUUCGAACCGGUACGCACCGGCGCCUUCUGCUCAGCAGCCACCGUCGCAGCAGUCGCAGCCAACUUCGUUCCCGCCUCCUCCUCAAGGGGUUCGGCCUCCACCAACUGGUGCUUACGGAGCGCCGCCUCAAACGGGCACUCCCAGUAACCAGUAUGCACCGUCGCCUUAUGCGCCCCCGGUCGGUCAGCAGCCCGGGCCUCAGGGACCUCCCCAAGGUCCACCGAUGGGAGGUCGUCCUGGUCCACCCCCGAGCGCACCUCCACAGGCCACGCCGCCCCCUGCUCGGCCGACGCCCCCGCCAGCCGCGGCCAAGCAUCCUCCCGGCGAUCGCUCCCACAUCCCGGCGCACGCGCAAGAGCUGGUUGAUAUCCUCAGCAAGGAUAUGCAGCGUGUGGCUGCCGCGGCGCCAUCAACGUAUGCAGUUCAGGUCAAGGACACUCAGAAGCGCUUGAACAUAUUGUUUGACCAUUUGAACAAUGAGGAGCUCGUGAAGCCUGGGACUAUUGAGGACCUGACGCAGUUGGCGCGUGCUAUCCAAGGCAAGGAUUAUGCCACUGCUCAGAGAAUACAGGUCGAUAUCAACCGCGACCGUACAGACGAAUGCGGCAACUGGAUGGUUGGGGUGAAGAGACUCAUCAGCAUGAGCAAGGCUACUCCUUGA